UAACUUUUAUCAUGGUGAAAAUAUGAGCCAUAUCACAUCGCGUGAUUAUCUAACUUUCAUGGUGCAAUUGCGAGUAAUUUUACGCGAGUUCGUUCGACAAGAAAUUUCUUGUCAAAUGUCCAAAGACAAAAAUAAAAUCAAAUGGCAAUAUACAUGGUAGCAAUUUUGUUACUGGAUGAAGAGUUACUGAUGAGAGACUUUGAACCACACAUAUGAGAAUUACACGAAGAAUGCUUAGAGAUAUUUAUUUUCAACAAGAUUGACUUUGUAAAUAAUGCCAGAGAAUCGUCGUAGGCCCAGUUCCACAACUCACGUCGUAUCGUGAUCGACGAAGCCAACUCGAUUAUACACGUGCAAGCAGUUGCAGUCAACAGUGCAAGAAAUCAUGCCCACAGUAUGUAGAGUACAGGAACGAAUUCUUUGUCAGCACCUUUGAUGUUAGUGUUGACCAAAAUAAAGUGCGCAUGCGUGAAAUAAAUUUCCAAAAGAUAUGCACAUAAGAAAAAAAUGGUUAGAGUUUUGUAAUUUUGGUGAAAAUUUUGUAGUCAAAACUUCCACUCAUUUAUGCUCAAAACAUUUCACGGAAAAAGAUUACCUUCUUACAGCAACUAAUAGAAUUUUAAUGAGUGGAAGCAUACCAUCUAUUUAUCAUAUCAAAAAAAGGAAAAGGAAUCAAAAUAACAGCAAAGAUGAGAUUGCAAAAUGCUACAAAAGUGAAUAUAUGGUAAAUGUGUAUCAAGAGGAACCAUGUUCAACAAUGGUAACUGUAUGUAAAGAGGAACCAUCAUUUUCGACUAUAGUAAAUGUAUAUAAAGAGGAACCAUCAUGUUCGACUAUAGUAAAUGUAUGUAAAGAGGAACCAUCAUAUUCAACUAUAAUAGCUGAUAAAAAUACGGACGAAUUAAUUCUUAAAGAAGAAAAAAUUGAUCAUGAGGAACCAUGUUCAACAAUGGUAAAUGUAUGUAAAGAGGGACCAUCAUGUUCGACUAUAGUAAAUGUAUGUAAAGAGGAACCAUCAUAUUCAACUAUAAUAGCUGAUAAAAAUACGGACGAAUUAAUUCUUAAAGAAGAAAAAAUUGAUCAUGAGGAACCAUGUUCAACAAUGGUAAAUGUAUGUAAAGAGGGACCAUCAUGUUCGACUAUAGUAAAUGUAUGUAAAGAGGAACCAUCAUAUUCAACUAUAAUAGCUGAUAAAAAUACGGACGAAUUAAUUCUUAAAGAAGAAAAAAUUGAUCAUGAGGAACCAUGUUCAACAAUGGUAAAUGUAUGUAAAGAGGGACCAUCAUGUUCGACUAUAGUAAAUGUAUGUAAAGAGGAACCAUCAUAUUCAACUAUAAUAGCUGAUAAAAAUACGGACGAAUUAAUUCUUAAAGAAGAAAAAAUUGAUCAUGAGGAACCAUGUUCAACAAUGGUAAAUGUAUGUAAAGAGGGACCAUCAUGUUCGACUAUAGUAAAUGUAUGUAAAGAGGAACCAUCAUAUUCAACUAUAAUAGCUGAUAAAAAUACGGACAAAUUAAUUCUUAAAGAAGAAAAAAUUGAUCAUGAUAUUGAUGGAAUGUCUCUGAUGGACUUCCAAACUCAUCCAAACUCUCCACAUGAACCACGUUAUAUUGGCGAUAUUAGGAUAUCACAUUUAGCUACACCACAAAGAGCUGAGAGAGCUUUAAAUCUAGCAAAGCUCACAGUAAAAAAACAAAGAAGAAAAAUUUUAACUUUACAACAAUCAACUACUAGAUUGAGAAAGCGUAUUAAAACUAUGAAAGCUUUGAUAGAUCAUCUGAAGAAAAGAAUGUUAUAUCAGAUGAUGCUGCUGAUCGAUUAAUGGCAUAAUUAUUCGAUCCAAUGCGAGAAAUUUUAAAACGUAAAAAAGCCAGAAAAAGGAAAUAUUCAUCUGAAUUAAGAGCAUUUGCACUUACGUUAAACUUUUAUUCGUCGAAGACUUACAAUUACAUACGAAAGAAUUCUUGUAAUCUUUUACCUGAAUCCUCUAAUACUAAAAAAUGAUAUUCAGUAUUGAAAUGCACGUCUCAAAUUUAUACGUGCUGAAGCAUUUGAAACUCUAAAGUGUCAGAUUAAAACAAAUAACAAUUCGAUUCUGUGUAAUCUUGUAAUAGAAAAAAUAGGGAUUCGACAACAAGUAACGUAUGAUGGACAGAGAUACUAUGGACCUAUUGAUUUAGGGGUUGAUCAUACUGACGUCUUUAACGAUGUGGAUUAUUCACUUUAUGCAACAAACGCCUUAGUUUUCAUGCUCAUCGCAUUCAAUGGCCAUUGGAAAAUUUCUAGGAUAUUUUUUAUUGAAGUCGUUAAAUGCAACUGAGAGAGUUAGUUUAUGCUUUGAAUUAAUAGAAAUGACAGGAGUAAAAGUAUAUUCUGUAACUUUCGAUGAAACUAGUGUCAAUAUAAAUAUGUGCAAAUAUUUAGAAGCAAAUUUCGAAA